ACUCGAGGCAGGAAAAGACGCGCGUGCUCUCUGUCCAAAGCCUGCGGCUCGGAGUCGCGCAUGCGUCCCUCGUCCCCUCACGACGUAGUGAGUCGUGCGGGCGUGGGGACUGCAGUGUCGCUGUGCCGGCACCCCGCUGGAGUCUUAAGUCCGCGAGCCCCGUCGCCAUGGACCCAGCGGAGCCCGAGCUCCGGGCCGAUGCCCAGGGCCCGCGGCCACCUCCGAGCGCGCUCUCCGAGCCUGACGCUCACGGCCACAGCGCGAGUGGCGACUCAGGCACCAUGAGCCGCGACACCGAAGUGGACAUGAAGGAGGUGGAGCUCAGCGAGCUGGACCCCGAGAAGCAGCCGAUGGCAACGGGCGGCGAGAAGAACGGGCUGGUGAAGGCGAAGGUGGCGGGCGGCGCGGAGCCCGCGGCGGGCGCCAAGUUCACGGGGCUGAGCAAGGAGGAGCUGCUGGCGGCCGCGGGGGGCCGCGGCUGGGCGCGCGCGCGCACCGCGCUGCUGCUGCUCUUCUGGCUGGGCUGGCUCGGCAUGCUGGCCGGCGCCGUGGCCAUCAUCGUGCGCGCGCCACGCUGCCGCCCGCUGCCCGCGCAGGCCUGGUGGCACCGCGGCCCGCUCUACCGCGUGGGCGAUGUGCGUGCCUUCGCGGGCGGCCUGUCGGAGCUGCGGGGGCGCCUGGAUUACUUGAGCACCCUGAAGGUGAAGGGCCUAGUGCUUGGGCCCAUUCACAAGAACCUGGAGGGUGAUUUGGCCGGGACAGACCUACAGCUGAUCGACCCCGUGCUUGGUUCCCGGGAGGACUUUGACAGCCUCCUCCGGGCGGCCCAGAAGAAGAGCAUCCGUGUUGUCCUGGACCUCACUCCCAACUAUCGGGGCCAGAACUCCUGGUUCCUCCCAGAGCAGGCGAAUGCGACCACCGCGAAGGUGAAGGAAGCACUGAGCUUUUGGCUAAAGGCUGGAGUGGACGGAUUCCAGGUCCAGGACGUUGAGGACCUGAUGGAUGCAUCAUCCUUUCUGGCCGAGUGGGAGAAUAUCACCAGGAGCUCCAGUAAAGACAGGCUCUUGAUCGCGGGCACCAACUCCUCCGACCUGCAGCAGCUCCUGAGCCUCCUGGAGUCCACACAGGAUAUGCUGCUGACCAGCUCCUACCUGUUGAACCCCAACUCCACUGGGGAGCAUAUGAGGUUCCUGGUCACCCAGUAUCUAAACAGCACAGCUGGCCGCUGGUGCAGCUGGAGUGUGUCACAGGCUGGUCUCGUGACGUCCUUCGUGCCCGCUCAGCUCCUCCGGCUCUACCAGCUGCUGCUCUUCACCCUGCCUGGCACCCCUGUGUUCAGCUAUGGUGAUGAAAUCGGGCUGCAGGCUGUCACUCUUCCUGGACAGCCGGCUAAGGCUCCAGUCAUGCCUUGGGAUGAAUCCAACCUCUCUGACACCUCUGGAUCUGUGGGCACCAAUGUGACAAUGAAGGAUCCGUCCUCCCUCCUUUCUCUGUUUCGGAGACUCAGUGACCAGCGGGAGAAGGAGCGCUCGCUGCUGCACGGUGACUUCCAUGCACUGUCCUCACCACCUGGUGUCUUCUCCUAUGUGCGUCACUGGGACCAGAACGAGCGGUUCCUGGUGGUGCUCAACUUUGGGGAUGCAAAGCUGCCAGCCAUGCUCGGGGCCUCGGCCCUGCCUGCCCGCGCCAGCCUGCCUGCACAGGCCAACCUGCUGCUCAGCACCCAGUCGGGCCGAGUGGAGGGCACCAGCCUGGAUCUGGGAACCCUGAAGCUGGGGCCCCACGAGGGGCUGCUGCUGAGCUUUCCCUAUGAGGCCUGAAUUACCCCCCCACCUUUGAGAUCCUGUUUCUCCCUCAUUUAAUGUCUGCAGACUAUAGAUGAACCCCAUCCAAAUAAAAGCCACCCUACCUGGUGA